UAAAGCAUUUCUCACGCUGCAGUUCUAAAGCAGUCCCUACCACACCCCAUUCAUUAAUCUGCCGAUUCUUCAAAUAUAUGGAAAAUGUGGAACUUUUUUACGUUUGUUUGUAUUUUUCAUCGAUAACUCACGUGCAACAACGCUGUCAUAUUAAAAGCAUUUCGGCAGAAGAGAUAAAUGUUUUGUUUUUACAGAUUAAUUUCAUCUGCAUACACGGGGUGGUUAGCACAGGCAAGGUUAGGUUUAUUUUUAAGGGAGAUUAAUAAAAGAUCAGGGAGAUUCUGGGCGGAGUUCGGUGAGUGACGUCAGAGACCCAGUGCGCACGCUCCGCUCCGACCCGGAAGUUUUGAACGGCGUUGCUGAGCUGAAGUUGUGUCGGUGUUGCUGCUCGGUCUGGUUCCCCUCCACAGUCCGAGAAGCUGCUUUUACCCUGAAACCUUUUGAACUGUCGAAGCGUGGCGCUGCUCUGUUUUCCUCCACGUUCCUCCAGCGGGGUGCAGCUGCCUCCGUCCGCUCCGCUGAGCCGAUGUCUGGCUUCGACCUGGUCCCGGUGGACGGCGGGGAUCCGGUCCACCUGCCACCCGGAGAGACGGUGUUGGGCCGGGGCCCGUUACUGGGAAUCAGUGAUAAGCGAGUCUCCAGACACCACGGGCUGCUGGACAACCUGAGCGGAGAGCUGCGCCUCAAAGCCGUACGUUCGUCCUUCCUCCUGUUCCUGAAUACACACCUGAACCCGUGCUUCAUUCAGUCGACCCCCACCGAGGACCCUCGACCUCUGCAGAAAGGUUCCUGGCACGUCCUUCGUCACGGAGACUUCUUCUCUCUGCUGCCGGGUCGGUUCAUCUACGAGGUGGUGUCAGUGGGCGGAGACGAGCGCACGCCCAGGAACAGCCAGAUGUUAGAAGAAGAAGAGACACUUCCUGUUCCUCCUGAUCCAGCUGUGGAUCUACGUCCAGCUGCCAGACUGAACCAGGAGGAGCCGCCGCCGUCAGCAGCUCCGCAGGAAGACGAGGAGGCCGAGAGACCGUUCAAGGGAGACUCGGCAGGAUCGGUGAAAGACGAUCAGCGAGGCGCCGCUCCGUCUGUGACCAGGAGAAGAGUUUUACCUGCAUGGAUGCAGGCGGCUGUACCUGCUGCAAAGACUCCGCCCUCCACCCCGACAGUUCGGAUCUGCCGACCUGCAGCGCCGUCACCUGCCACUAAACGAGCAGCUGUCGCACGAGCCACGCCCGCAACAACCUCCUCACCUGAGGAGGCGGACUUCACAAGGAAGGAGGAGGAGAGACCGAGGAAGAGGAGAAAACUGAGUGAUGAUGAAGAACAACCUGAGGAGGCCGCCGCCCACCGUCGAGCCAAACCAAACAGGUCUGAGGACAGCGGCGAGAACGACAGCUUCACCAUGAAGGCGGAAGCGGAGGACAAAGCAAAUGAGUCUGAGAAGGAGGGCAAGAUGUCUGAAAACAACGGGACGUCUAAACGAGCCGAGCCCGCCGGGUCAGAUGGAGACGCCGAGUCUGGCCCCGCCCCUUCCAAAGCCCGAGUCAGAACGCCGUGUCCGUACGGGACGGCCUGCUACAGGAAGAACCCACUUCAUUUCCAGGACUGCAGUCACCCUGGAGACACAGACUACGAGGAGGAGGAGGAGGAGGAGGAGGAGGACAAACCCGAGUGUCCCUACGGCAGCGACUGCUACAGGAAAAACCCCCUGCACAGGAAGGAAUACAAACACACAAAGAAACCAGCUCGCCACGUCGCCAAAAAGACUCCCGCUGACGACGAGGACGAGUACGAGGACAGCUUCAUUAAUGACGACAGCGAGGACGCGGGCGAUGACUCGGACUACGUCCCUCCUGACUCAGACGACAGCGGUAAGGAGGACAUCAAAGGCCUGCAGAGAGAGGCUACGGCCUUCCUGAAGAGGAGGAAGUAAGCGGAAACCUGCCCUGCCCCUCGCUGAGGGCUCACCAGACCAGAACGCCGUGUUUGAUGACGUCAUCCUCUACAAACGAAAAGAUCAAACCCGCUCCAUCUGCAUUAGAGACAGAUGAGAGGCUGUUCUUUCACCUUUGUGUCCUGAUUGAUUUUAAACCAUACCUGUGUGGUUUUUCACAUUAAAGGUUCGGCAGCCUUUUGUAGAGUGCUUUUAAUGUGAAAAACAGAGGAAGUCUUUGCACUUUUUCAAAAUAAGUCUCAUUGUUUUCAUUUUAAUGUGAAAAAGUCUUCAUAUAUCUGUAGUGUCACGAAGAAGAAACAGCGGGGUGUCUUCUUCCACUAAAAGAAGUGCUGCAGGACUUUUAAUGUGAAAGGGAUUAUUUCUGGCUGUGGGGGUGGAGCACGUGUGAGGCCCACCAAACAUUAAAAUAAGUAACACUAAAAUAAAAACCCGACCCAUUUAAGUUCUGGAUUUCCCCGAGUUUACCUGUAAAGUCACCUGUGAGAAGUCGACCUGAGGCCGUCCAAAGUGGACGCGCUCGGCUCAGUUUUAUUUUGAAGCAGCUUUAAAAUGAAGCGAGUGAUUCAUUC